GCUUCUUAGCCAUUGAGCUCCUAAAACCCUGCCAAUGGGUUCUCUCCACAGAGCUUCGAAAACCCUCAAAUCUCUCAGACAUCAACUUUUGCUACAAGCAACUCAGCAAUUCGAUUCAUCUUCGCGCCUCUCAGGUUCAAGUGAUUACCGUUUGUUGCUGGCAAGAGCGCUAUGCUCCCACCCCCGCCAAAACGCCAAAGAAGCCGUGGAUUUGACCCAGUACCCGCCGGAGAGAAUUCGAAACUUCUCCAUUAUCGCCCACGUCGACCAUGGCAAGUCGACGCUCGCUGACCGUUUGUUGGAGCUCACCGGCACCAUCAAAAGAGGCCAUGGCCAGCCUCAGUAUCUCGAUAAAUUACAGAUGAUGAAAACUUGAAUUGGCUUAGGUAGAGAGAGAAAGGGGGAUCACGGUGAAAGCUCAGACAGCGACGAUGUUCCACAAGUACAAUCUCCAAGGCUCGAGCUUGGAUGGUUCAAAUGAGCCGCAGCCGUUUCUUCUGAAUUUAAUUGACACGCCUGGUCAUGUGGAUUUUAGCUAUGAAGUUUCGAGAUCAUUAGCAGCUUGCCAAGGCGCCCUUUUGGUGGUUGAUGCAGCCCAAGGUGUGCAGGCACAGACAGUGGCUAACUUCUAUCUCGCAUUUGAAUCUAACCUCACAAUUAUCCCUGUCAUUAACAAGAUAGACCAGCCAACAGCUGAUCCUGAUCGAAUUAAAGAUCAACUGAAGUCGAUGUUUGAUCUUGAGCCGUCUGAUUGUCUUCUAACCUCGGCCAAAACAGGGCAGGGGCUUGAACAUGUCUUGCCAGCCGUCAUUGAAAGGAUACCUCCUCCACCUGGGGAAGGGAGUGGCCUGUUGCGCAUGCUCUUGUUGGAUUCGUAUUAUGAUGAGUACAAGGGAGUGAUCUGCCAUGUGGCGGUUGUAGAUGGGAUGUUGAGGAAGGGGGAUAAGAUAUCGGCUGCUGCCACGGGUCAAACUUAUGAUGUUCUGGAUGUAGGUUUCAUGCAUCCUGAACUCACUCAAACUGGGGUGCUUCUAACUGGACAAGUGGGGUAUGUUGUGACUGGAAUGAGGUCUACUAAGGAAGCACGUAUUGGAGACACUUUGUUUCACGCCAAAACCAUUGUAAAGCCUCUUCCUGGCUUCAAGGCUGCAAGACACAUGGUGUUCUCUGGUCUCUUUCCGGCUGAUGGAUCUGACUUUGAGGCACUCAACCAUGCAAUAGAGAGGCUGACAUGUAACGAUGCCAGUGUCUCUGUUACUAAAGAGAGUAGCACUGCUCUUGGUCUGGGUUUUAGAUGUGGGUUUUUGGGUUUACUUCACAUGGAUGUUUUUCAUCAGCGACUUGAACAAGAAUAUGGAACUCAUAUUAUUUCCACGGUCCCAACUGUUCCAUAUAUCUUCGAAUAUUCUGAUGGAAGCAAAGUGGAAGUUCAAAACCCUGCUGCUUUGCCCUCAAACUCAAAGCAGCGAGUUACAGCUAGUUGGGAACCUACGGUGUUAGCCACUAUUAUUAUCCCCAGUGAGUAUGUAGGCCCGGUCAUUACCUUGUGCUCGGAAAGAAGAGGGCAGCAGUUGGAGUACUCAUUCAUUGAUAGCCAACGUGCCUUUAUGAAAUACCGCUUGCCUUUGAGAGAAAUAGUUGUUGAUUUCUACAAUGAAUUGAAGAGCAUAACAUCAGGAUAUGCGUCAUUCGACUACGAAGACUCAGAAUACCAACAAGCCGAUUUGGUGAAACUCGAUAUUCUCCUAAAUGGCCAAGCAGUUGAUGCCAUGGCAACAAUUGUGCACAGCUUGAAGGCACAACGUAUGGGCCGUGAACUGGUGGAUAAGUUGAAGAAAUUCAUAGAUAGGCAAAUGUUCGAGAUAAUCAUACAAGCAGCAAUUGGGUCAAAGGUUGUUGCUAGAGAGACGAUCUCAGCUAUGAGGAAGAAUGUUCUAGCAAAGUGUUAUGGUGGGGACAUUACUCGGAAGAGGAAGCUACUGGAAAAGCAGAAGGAAGGAAAGAAGAGAAUGAAGCGAGUUGGGUCAGUUGACAUACCUCAAGAGGCUUUCCAUCAACUAUUGAAGGUGUCAUAGGGAAAAGCAAGCAAGAACGAGAUCCUCUCCUGAAAUAUUUCCAGCUGGAAGGAAAGCAGGCCUGCAAUGCAUUUGUGUGCUGAGAAUGAUUACCGGAGAAUGUUACAGCAGAAGCGAAAUAGCCCCUGAACUUGUAUGGGAGUUAGUUUGUCUGGUUUUGCGUAAGGAAGUGUCACUUGUGAGAGUUGGCUAUGAUCCAGAGCGAGGUGCUGGGGACAUGUAUAAGCGUCAAGUACUUCAAAACUUGGGCACAGUUGGUCAUAAAUAGUGUUGGAAAAAUCAAACACAUACACAGAUGAAAUGUGCAGUUGAUAGCUUGUAUUAUUCAUCUCUGCGCCGGGUAAUUUUCUUUAAGAUGAAUGCCAGGAAUUCGUGAUCUAUGGUAUUGCGAAGCAAACUUUUUCAAGCAUUGUCGAUCACGAAUUGUUUCCUCUGCUUGUGGAUGAAGUAAGCUAGCAGACAUAAUUCCUUGUAUCGAUUAUCAAUUG